AUGUCUACCGGACUUCCGCAAUGGUUCCUUGAAACGGUUUACGGAGACAAUCAAGCAAAUCGCAAGUGUUUCCUGCCCUGCAUGGUUGCUUCAUUGCUGACCGUCAAGCAGAAACCGGACAGCUGUAUUGUUGGCAACUCCCUGGAAGAAGCAACGCCUUCACACGUCCCCAAUCCAUCAAACAAGACCAAGGAAAACAACAAUCCACCUACAUUCAAUUGGGAGCCGCUUGCAAGCAAGCAGAACACCCGUGGCAAUGAGUCAAGCUUCAAUGCAAUUGGGGAGCAGGAGGAGGGAUACUUAAGUCAACCAAACCUGUCCAAGCCUGCACCGUUCCCAUCAUAUCAACAUAUCAGUAUAUAUGAUGUGCAGAACAGUGCCAGUGCCAGCAAUCACUCCUUCGCGAUCAACGCCGACACAGCCCCCGCUUCAAUUGAAAGAUCCAAUAUCGAAGCAGCUCAGAAGGAACUCAAACGUAAGAGAGAGGACGCUCCUGUUGAGGACCGGCAGAGAGUCCGCGGUAGCACAGCACCAAGCCAAUCGUUGGUAAUCAAUGCCGCCAUAGCUCCCUCUUCAGGCAAGAGAUCCAACACCGACGCAGCUGAGGAAGGACUCAAACGUAAAAGAGAGGACACCCCUGUUGAGAACAACAAGAGAGCCCGCACCAGCACGACACUGGGCAGCAGCAACACCACAAGCCGCCGACUCAGCAAGUACAACCUACCAGCUUAUCCUCAACGAGAUACUCCGCUUGCACCAGGCCUGACCCUGUUGGAUAUCUGCCAGAAAUAUCCAAAUCACUUGGAAAAUGAAGACGUCUUGGAUCUCUUCACCCCUGUCUUCUGGACUGCCCUCGACAUCUUCAAAGAAGCCACCGAUGACAUCCAAGCCGGGUGGAUAGCUGCAUACGGUGAGGGCAAAACACCAUCAAACUUCUUGCAGAAACGAAUGCUUAAGAGAUGGUCAGACCUCGGAGAGGUAGGUGUCCGUCGGUUGGUUGCGGGCCCCAAGCCAAAAUGCAACGACCAGGGCACUUUGGUCUUCGGCAAGAGCGACCCGCUCAACCUUGGCUUGAAUCCUCUGGCUCCAAAACGAAUCAAGAGCGAGAAGAAGGAGCCAGCCAGGGAGAGACGUCGUCAUGACAAUUCUACAGUUGCAGCCCAAACUCCGGGCGAUGGGGCCCCAUUCGUGAAGGGAUAUGCGCACACAGAAACGAAAUCUGGAGAGGCGGUUUUGUCCGAACAAGACUUCAACGCACAAUUCCACCAAAAUGUCCGAGUCUUUCCCACGCAACAAGAGCCUCGUGGAUCUUUCUGGGGUCUUGAUUUCUGGAAGUCCGACGCCCAAUUUCAGGCCUUCUACCAAGCCUUUGAGUCCAAAAUGCGGGACAGUUUUGAAUCGGCAAGAUGCGUGGUGGACAUCGAUCCGACAACAAACUCUGCCCCAGCUUGGUUGUAUUUCGAAAACGCUCUUGACCUCUGUGGCUGGAGCCUUGAGCUCCGAAAGAUGUUCUUCGAAACAUACGACGCUGAGUUCUAUCGCUUGCUGGAGCAAGGCUUCACACCAUUCCAGGACGAGAAAGACGCCUGGUUGAACUUCGCGUUUCUCUCUGCAUUUGAGAAAUGCGUGCCAGAAUACCUCUGUUUAUGGCUGCUGUACACAGUGCGUGUAACGAUGUCGACUUCACCGGUUCACACCCAACAUGGUGGCUUUAGGCAAUCAGACUUCGACGGCAACGGCGACCUCCUAGCUUACGCUCGAGAUCGCUCAGUGGAAACCAUGAAUUGGCAAUGGUUGAUGCUGCAAGAACAGCUUAUCCAGAGUCUUGCGCCGCCGCCUCCAGCGCAUCUCAUGUCAGAUGCACCUGUCCAAGGCACAAUCAUAGACCCAGACAGUGUCCGGAGUGAUGCACAGCAGCCGCUUGGAGCUCCACGUGGUCAAAAGAGAAGCAAUCAAGGUGGAGAGGCUUGA